CACACAAAGACGCCUCAGACAGCACCUGAUCCCGAUAUACACAUAUAUAAACAGAAUUACACUACUUCAAAAUAUUGAAGAUAUUUGGAUUUGACAAGGUGUGUGCCAAAUUUUGGUGUUAUUAACAGGGUUUUUUUUUUUUUUUGGUAACCUUCAGAAAAGUUUUCUCAAAAUGGACUUUGCUCACUCUGUCGAGUUCAAACAGGUGCAGCUCAGUCGUUUUUUUGUCAGAUUCCAACAAAUCAUACAUCAUUUUGAAGUGUUUUUAAUAGAGAUUGUGAAAUUUUUGUUCAUGUUUUGCUCAUUGUGACUCAUUUUACCAGCAUGGGUCACAUAUUUUUACUGAAAUGUACUUGAACCCUGGUGAAGCAACACUUCUCUAUAAUGUACUGAUAUAGUGUUACUAUAUAUCAACUCUAUCUGGAUUUAAACACUCAGUUCAGAUCAGAGGAAGUUCACAACCACAGGAGGAGCUGAUGAUGAUUAAAGGAAGAGCUGUAACUAUAUAAUGAAGAGAAAGACUGACAGAAACAGAAAAUGGCUGAUAAGUGUGAUCUGUGUCUGCUGGGACUGAUCAUUCUCUCUUCACUUCUCACAGGUUCCAGUGGAGUGGAUGAUGAGAAUGUGUUCAUCAGUUCUGGUGAAAAUGUCCGUCUGCCCUGUAAUAAUGAUCUUUCUGACUGCAACUCAACUACAUGGAGCUAUAACAGAGAUUCAGCAGCAGUUGAACUGAUUACUGGAGGGAAAAAGAUGAAAGACACAGAGAGACAUGAGAGACUGACUCUGGGGUCUGACUGCUCUCUGAACAUCAAGAACGUCACAGAAGAAGAUUAUGGAUCUUACACCUGCAGACAAUAUGUGAAUGACAAACAACAAGGAACUGAUGAACAUGUUUAUCUGCAUGUUCUUCAUGUUUCAGUGUCUCCAUCAUCAUCAUCAUCAUCAUCCUCACAGACUGAGAUCAGUCCAGGCCGCUCUGUGACUCUCUCCUGUCAGUUGUAUUCAUAUACUAGAUUCUCCUGUAAUUCUGAGGGACUUCAGCUGUUGUGGGUGAAUCAGGCUGGUGUUGAUCUGACGACAGACUCCAGAUAUCAGAUAUCAUCAGAUCGCUGUAUCAUCACUCUGACUACAACACUCCUGAAUGAAGAUGACAACAGAGAGUGGAGAUGUCAGCUUACUGUCAGAAAUCAACUCCAGACCUCAGUCAGAUACACUGUCAAGUAUUCAGUGGAUUCAACAACGCUGAUUCCAGUCAGCAGCUCAAACUCUGAGAAGAAAUCAAGCCAAACUACAGCAGCAGCUCCUACACAAGCAACACUGACUCCAGCCUCUCCAGUGAUUGUGAUUGUGAUUGUUGUCGCUUCAUUCGCUGUUCUCCUUCCUGCUCUUAUUCUCUGGAUUAUUCGCAGAAAAAGAGACGAUAACAGAAGAGGAACUGAUGACUCUGAGGAUCAACAAACACGACCUGUCUAUCCAACAGGACAGAACACUCUUCUUCAACAGGUGCCGUCUGGAGGAGGCGUGGCCGACACACCUGACGCUUGUUGAAUGCACUGCUGAGACCGUUCGUGUGGGAGCAAUGUUUUGAAUGAUCAUCUCCAGCAUGGCGGUCAACGGGCGGUGUUAUGCUGAAUGUCCUGCCCAGCCCUGAAGUGUUUCUUGUUUAUGUUAUACUUAUGUUGGUUUUAUUGUGUAAAUAAAUGUCUGUCUGGUCUUCCAGUUGUUGCAGCUUAAGAGCCGGCUGUAACAAAUGGGGGUUUGUCCGUAAAUUUAACACCAAUACGUUAAUCAUGUUUAUUAUGAUUUUCAUUUGAUUAAUUUGAUAGUGUUUGGGGUGAAGACAUCGGUCAAUAUGGUAGGAGAUGAACGCAAUAAUCAAAGUAGUUUUGUUCACAUUUUCAUGGGUAAGUGUGGGUAGAUUAUAAGAUGAGAUUUGAUUCAUUCCCCUGUUAGGCUUAAGCAACGCUCAGCGUUGGUUUGUUGCUUUUGUUUUUUUAUUUUUGUGCAGACUCCUGGGUUGAGCACACUGCCGUGGUUUGUGGAUUGGGCAGAUUUGCUCACUUCACUGCCAGCGGUAUUUGUGUUUAAAGGCGCUUGACUCUGGGGAGUUGCAUGAAGAUCUGGUUUAGUAUAGUGGAGUGAUAUGGGUGUAGUUUAGGAAGGGGAAUUAUGAAUGAAUUCUCAUCUGUAUUGACCAUAUUUAUUUUUUUGUGCCUAUGAAUUUGUGAAUUGGAAAUUAAGAAUGGCAUCCAUUGAAGAUUUUAUUAAAGCUCUGUCGGAAGGAUUAUUACAUUUGUUGGAUAAAGGACAAUUGUGGGAACAAUAUGAGAUUAAAGAAUCAGAUAAACGCUUGAAAAAGGAGGAGUUAAAAAUGGCUUUGAAAGCGAAGUUGAUUGAGAGAAAUAUUUUGUCUGUUUCGGAUUUUGUAAAGACUUCACGAGUUCACACAUAUGUAUAAUCAGAUAAAGUAAAGUAAUGCGUAUUUGGCGUGCUGUCCAGGGGGAGGGCUCCAAGCUCGUAAUUUUGGCCCGAACCUAGAGUACUCCCCCCGGAUGUGAUAAUGAGAGAUAUAACUAGAAGUGAGGAGAUGGGGUGGUGGAGGGAUGCUGAUAAACUGUCAACGAACAGAGGUAAGUCUGCAGUAUACCUCUUGUUGUUGGUUGAUUAGCUGAAUGCUUUCCACUUGUGCUAAUUAGUCUAAUUAUCUGCACCUGCUCCUCCCGAAUUUUGUUAAUAAAACAAAGGAAUCAAUGGAAAACAUUUUUAGGCUUAUCGUUUGAUCAAAAGAAAGAUAUUCUUGAAAUGCAUGUUCGAGAGAUGGCUAAAGUAGUUGAAAAAUGUGAAUUUGAAUUGUGCACAAGUUAGUAACAAAAAAAAAAAAAGAAAAAAAAAAUACAAAAACAGAACAGCACUGGUUAUGAGUUUCACCACAGCAAACGAAAUAAAAACAAAACACAACAGUCAAAAAAAGUCUGAAAAAGUGAUCUUUACAAAAGAAAAACAAAAAUAAGUUA